AUGUCAGCUCGCACAGUGAUCGGUGGUCGACUCAACCCCACAGCUCUCAGCUCUCUGGCUAGCCCCUGUCCGCGGAUUGCAUCCCAGCAACUUGCACGCCUCCACUCGACCAUUGUCCGUCCCUCCCCGAGCGCCCCGUCCAAGCUCGCCAUCCAAAAUGUCCGUCCUGCUCCCGCCCUCUUGAACCGCCCGGGUCUGCGGAUGAAGUCGACCUCUUCACCCAGCAAGGAUGAGGUGAAACUCGACUGGAACUCUUUCUUCAAGCUUCGCGCUUCUCGCCGCCGAUACUCCCUGGCAUCCUCCAUUGCGACCUCCCUCGUGUCCACUACCGCCGGUGUGCAGAUUCUGUCUUCGCAGGAUCUGGAGUCUCUCGGUGCUCAGGUGAUGGGUCUGGACCCUUUUGUUGUCCUGGGAAUGGCGACCGCUGCUUGCGGUGCUGUGGGAUGGCUCCUGGGCCCGAUCGUUGGCAACGGCCUCUGGGGUCUGGUUUACCGUCGGUUUGCGCCCUCUGUGGCAACAAAAGAGAAGGAGUUCUUUGAUCGCAUUCGUCGAUUCCGCGUCGAUCCCUCGACUAACUCCAUCGCCAACCCUGUUCCUGAUUACUACGGCGAGAAGAUUGGUAGCGUGCAAGGAUAUCGCCAGUGGCUGAAGGACCAGCGGGCAUACAACCGGAAGCGCCGAAACUUCAUUGCUUGA